AUGGCGAGCUGCUCAAGAUCGUACCGGCCAAUGCCCCCUCUCCUCAUUCUCUCCCCCCUCAUUCUCUCCCCCCUCUCCUCAUACUGUGCUGUGCUGCAUCACUCCUGCUCGCAGAAAGGGCUGGGGGUCACAUGGGACGUGCCGCUGUAUGGCGAGCUGCUCAAGAUCGGAGGCGGCAAGGAGCGCAUGACUCACUACUUCAAUCAAGUGGGUUGGCCGCAAGCAGCCCCCACGGAUCCUUCAGAGCGAGCAGCCUUCGUGGCGGGGCUCCACAAGAGCAAGACGGCGCUCUUCAUGCAGCUUGUGGAGACCGGUGCACUGCCAUUGCGACCAGGCGUCGCACGCCUCAUUGACGAGGCACUGGCAGCGGGCGUGCGGGUGGCGGUGUGCAGCACGUCGAAUGAGAAGGCGGUGGGGGCGAUUGUGAGGGUCAUGCUGGGCGAGGAGAGGGCGCAGCACAUGCGGAUAUUUGCAGGGGAUGUCGUUCCAAAGAAGAAACCCGACCCGGCCAUUUACAAUCUAGCUGCCACCACUCUUAACCUCAACCCGGCACGCUGUGUGGUGAUAGAGGAUAGUCACAUCGGCCUGACGGCGGCCAAGGCUGCCGGCAUGACCUGUGUCGUCACCAAGAGCGGCUACACGGCAGAUGAGGAUUUCUCAGCAGCGGAUGCUGUGUUUGAUGCCAUCGGUGACACUCCUGCUACUCAUGGCUUUGACCUUCCUUUCCUCGCCUCUCUGCUGUGA